AUGGCAGACGAAGAAGAAGUUUAUGAGGAGGAGGAAGAGAACAAGGAAGAGGGCGCCGACGAGGAUGGCGAGAAUGAUGGGGCCGAGAAAGAAAGAAAUGAUCAGGAAGAAAAACCAAAAAGCCGUGUAGCGCAACCAGAAGAAAACGCUCCUGCUGAAAUGACGGAGGCAGAAGCUGUCAUGCUUGCUGCCAGGAAGCGCCAUGAUGAAGAGGAAGCGGUAAAAAUGCAUGAGUACGAAGAACGUCGUCGACUCGAAAGGGAGAAAAUUGAAGAGGAACUGCGUGAACUAAAAGAGAAGCAAGAGAAGAGACGUCGGGAGCGUGAAGAAGACGAGAGACAGUAUGCUGAACGCCGUCGUCAAGAAGAAGAGCGUAGGAGGCAAGAAGAGGUAUAUUGUUACUAAGG